AUAUUUACUGGCACUCAAAAAAGUGUAGUGGCAGUUGCGCAAAAGUCGAAUUGAAGCACCAGGUCAGUCGGUGCUUUGCAUUCUGCGGUGUGCCGUGUACGUCUCGGGAAAUUGGUGUUAUCAAAAAAGUCCCGAACGUAUAUCUUAAAUACCGCUGAGCUUCGAGAUAAAGGGACAGAUAAAUGAAUAGCAAACUCGCCACGUUUAGUAGUGCUCCGUUCGCCAUAGAUAUCGCGUGUGCUAUUUAAAAAUUACGGCCGUCUGUGUGCCACGAUCACUUGAACUUUAAAUUAAAAGACGUAGACUUUAAACAGAUGUCUGAUUGGUGUGACUAUUGAAUUCAAUAAAUUUUCUUUUUUAAACGGCACUUAUCAAAAUCACGUUCGCACAAGCACGCUAAUUACUGUUUAAAAGUUCGUCCAAACCCAGAACGGCUACUAAGCGAGCAACAUUUCGCCCGAGAAACAUGAUGCAUGAGAUUUCCCAUUUUAGGGGCGCCAUCCCUAUGUCGACUACUGAAAGGGACAAGUGUGGACUAUCCUCCCUUUUACCGAUGUCGUGCCGCAACAGAGCAGAAACCUUCGCCCGCCACCUACACUCUCGUCUGAGGUCCCUUGGUAACCAAGACUGCAGCAGCUCCGCCGACGAAAGCAGUUGGUUAGGUGCGCACGAAGCACCCCUAGCCGUAUCUCACCAACCCCGCCAUGCGUCCGACCCAGAUCUAUAUUUCAAAUUCAGUCUACUCGAAACACCAGGAAGUCCAGAAGAAGAACUCACCGAAUCAGAACUGAUGACCCUCAUCAACAAUAAGGACAAUCUAAAACUACGACCACAUAAAAAUGGAGUCUCAAAGUUUUCGUUUGCGGGCCCCAUCCUGCUCAAUACUCACGAUAGCGAUUCAAGCGACGGUCCAUACUACGACACUGAAUCUGAAGUAGUCCCUCCAAAAAACACAAAUGGUUACCUAAACGGAUGCUCAACAUCCGAAGAAAUCCACAAUCACGAAUCUCCACCACCUGAAGACUCACUGUACGAAUCACCCGCCACGACAGAAAUAACUGGGGCGCUUAGUAGUUUUAGUGAUGAUGAAGCCACAUUAAGCCUUAGAGAUGAAGACUAUUCCUCAUUAGAGAUUAACGGUACUUGCCAAGACUCCAUUUCAAACGACGUCGAACAGCAGCCGAAACCGGAAGACUGUGAAAAUGUGUCGGAACCGGAAAGAAAGUCCUUUCUCGAAGUGAAAAGUGAUGAAGACACGGAUAAAGAUGAGAAAAUACCGAGAGUGAGACGGUGCUCAUCGCUCAAGACUGGCAAGACGCCGCCCGGCACACCGGGCCGGAAGAAGAUCGUGCGUUUCGCCGACGUUUUGGGCUUGGAUCUCGCCGACGUGAGAACGUUCCUGGACGAAAUACCUAAAAUACCAACAUCCGCGUACGACGAUCUAAUUGACGCCGACCUAAGCCUCUCCACGUCGGACUCCUCCCCAACCGGAUCCAAUAACAAGCUAAACUUAAGUGCGAGCAGAAAAACCGAAAAAAUCCUCCUCCCCCUAUUCCAACAGCCCGGCAGUCAGCCCAACUUUCUGGAUAAGGUUCGUGAGAAGAACGUGUGCCUCGAAAACGCCGUCGUGAGCGACCCCAUCGAUUUAUGUAUACAUGGAAUUGUUAGAGUAAGAAAUUUAGACUACCACAAGUCUGUGCACAUACGAUACAGUUUGGAUGCGUGGAAGACUUUCUCCGAGCUGCAGGCCAGCUACGUGCAGAAUUCGUGCGAUGGGUUUUCUGACACCUUCAAAUUUUUAUUGUACGCGAAUACGUUAACGAUUGGACAAAAGUUGGAAAUCGCCGUCCGGUUUCACUGUAAAGGUUGCCAAUACUGGGAUAACAACUAUGGCGCGAAUUAUUGCUUUCAAUGCCUUCCUACCUCAAACAAUAUGGGUUACAUAUCGAAUGGUCUGGGACACUAUGACGACCACUGGGGUGGCAGUUUUUAUUAUUAAAUUUGCAGGAGGGAAAGGUCUCCACUGGCGUUCAGUACAGCAACGGUAGAUCGUAGCUGCGAGUUGGAUUUUCCACAAAAACUAGCUGUGUGUCCUUAGUCAAGAAAAGCGAAAAAAUCUACUAACUCUCCAAACGCCUAGACACAGGAAAGGGAUUCUCAAGCACCAUUGGAAGAGCGUUAACUUAUAUAAACACUUCGGCGGGAGCAAAUGACGUAGUGACUGUGUUCGUUAUUUUAUUUUUUUCCGUUUUCUUUAUGUAUUUGCAAAGCAAUAUUUUGAGAGAAGUAUAGAAGUAUUUUUCAAGAUGAAUUCGAUAGAGACUAUAUUAUUGCUAUAUUUAUAUCAUAAGUGAAAACGAAUUUUAAUCGUUGUUCGUUGUUAAUCAGUAUAUAAAUUUUAUGGUACCUAUAUGUAAAAACUAUCUGUACUAGAAACAUACUAAAACUUUUUUUAUGUAUGCACGAAAGAACUGAGCUUAUUAUCGUACGAGAGUUUAUGGACAGUGCUUCGGUGCUGGUGUAUUUAAAAGAAAUGUUAUUUUUUAUAAUCUACUUCUUGUCUUCCUUCAGUGCCAUACACAGAAAAUAGUAGUGUUGAGUAGAUCUCGUACGACCUCGUAAAUAAUUCUAUUAUCAUUUUAGUUUUUAGUUAAUUUGAUAGCCAUCCGUUUUUAACCUAUUUGUUGUUAUUAUUAUUAUAAUUUCAUCUAUUUUAUCUCCAUACACCUACUUUUAUAUUUGGAGGAAAUAGAUGAGAAUUGUGGACUGGCUGUUGUGAUUUGAAUUGUACUACGAUAAUAGGGUUUGUUAAUUUAAGUACCUGAAAGAGGAAUAUAACGAAGUAUGCAAAAUUUGUACUGCAAAUGAUCGAAAUAAAACAAACUUUUUACUCAU